AUGUAUUUCCAGUUUGGUUUUCGUUUUCCUGUGUCAUCUUUGCUGUUGGAGCUUAGAGCUUCUCCUGGCGUUGUUGGCUGGUUUACCUUUUAUCCUAAAAUAUAUUUUGGCAAACGUAGAUUACCAAAAUUAUUUGAGAAAACCUUGUAUGCUAGUAGAGAUUGGAAAGGUAAAAUUUUAAUUUGUCGAGCCGAACCAGUGGGAUUGCCUUUGGAGUGGCGUUAUGGGAAAGUAGAUGAUAUUGACAAGGAUCUCACUCCGGAUGCAACUCUUUCCGCUGAUGUUUUUAAGCUUCGCAGUUGUACUAUGGAAAUUUGUGAUCUAUCAAAAGAACCGCUGACUUUAAACCCCAUUUGUUCUGCUUCUUCAGCUGUGAAGAAGAAACAUAAUGCGAAAACUAAGAGAUGCGCAGAACGUGAUGCUGGAGGGAAACAGAAAAAAGCCAAAUCCUUAACCAAAGAUGUAGCCUCUGUGGUAGAGAUAAACACAUCAGAGAAUAAGUAUGAUUUCACCAUCUCUGCUGAUCCAUUGAUUGCUCUGGGUGUUGAUGAUGAAGCUUUUAACAGAUUAUCUUUCAAGGAUUUGAUCAUUCAAACCAAUUCAAAGCUAUCAGAGUUUGCUUGCUUUUAUGGUACCCUGGAGACUCAAUUUUCCAAAUGUGCUGAAUUUUUGGAGGAUGUAGAAUUUAAGCUUAAUGAAGAAAAAAUCCGCAAGGGUUUGUUAAUUUUUGGUGAGGUGACAAAGCCUGCCGUUGCUUUAGGUAGGCAUCAAGCUAUGGUAAAGCUUUAUGCUCUCUGUCCUAACAUUCCUCAUUGUUUCCUUCGUGGUCUUGAUGCCUCUACUAAAGCUUUUAUGAGUCGGUCUUUUAUUGAUGUUGUUCGUCGGCAAGAAUCUUUUCCAUUGAUUGAUCACUUGGUCAACUGUGCUGAACCUCUGUCACUACCUGAAUUAGAACAACUUGAUCUGGAUCAUAAUCAUUCAAUGGACGAAGAGCCAGAGGCUCCAACUCGUGAUGGAAAAUCUGUUCCUUUUAAUUGGUCUGAUGAACAAUGUAGAAGUGUUUGGGCUGCCAAAGGAACUGGGACUGGGGUUAUCACCUUUGAUCUUGGUGGACCAUCUCAGCCGAAUCAGAAAGCUUUGUCAAAGGCUUCUGAAAUUUCGUCAUCGCUAUCAAAGGUUAUUGCCCCAAAGGUUAUUGCAGAACUCAGCCAAGUUUCCACUCCAGUGGAGUGGGCUAUAGUUCUGCAUUCCAUAGAAUCUGAUGCGAUUGCUGAUUGUCGCGACUUACCAGUGGUUUUAGCGCUUCGCAAGUAUGCUGCUGAAGUGCAACAACUCUCAUCAAAGCUAUCACGAUCCCGAUCUCUCUAUCUCCACUGGCGUAGCUUAGCCGAAACGAGUAGCCAAGAUGUACUAGAGUGGAAACAACAUUUCAAUACCACAGGCGCUCGAUUGCACGCAGUUGAAAAGUUUUAUGGUGAACGUGAGAGGUCUUUUCGCAGGCAGAUUUUUGAAGGCUCCAAUGAAAUUAAGCAUUUGAAGUCAACCCUUAAUGGCCUUCAAAGGGAAAUGGAUAAUCGCCGCCAAAAUGAGAGAGAUUCAAUUGAAGCAGCAAAAUGGUAUGAACGCAAAAUACGGGAGCAAAGUGAUAAGAUCUAUUUCUUCCAACUUGAAAUAAAGGGACUUUUACCCUUGACUCAUGAUUAUGAAGCUCAACUUGGGCUUUCAGUGCAACUCCGCCUUAGGGAACAAUUGUAUCUCACAAUCCAACAACUGGAAGACCAAGGUGCAACCAAAACUAACGCCUGUGGACGUACCUGGCAGCGGCUUUUGAGAGUUAUAAGCCGAGAAGAAGAAUCCAGACAGGUUGAGUACUGA